UAUAUAGUUGAAGAUUAGUUAUAAGGAAUUCAUUUCUAUAAUUUUUCUCUCAUUUCUUGUGAUUAUUAAGAGUUAAAAAUGAUGAAUACGAUAGGGUGGAAGAGGCAACUACAACAUAUUGUAUUAUGGUUUUUUGCAAUUGUUUUCCAUCUUUUCUUGCUUGUUAAUGGUUCAAGAACGGACCACUUUAGGCAUACUCCACUAAGAAAUAGUCAAAAGUUGGCAUCAACUACUCCUCCUGUCAAACUGCUUAUCUCAAGUAAUUAUGUAGUGAUAGAUAAUGGCAUUGUCAAAGUUACCCUAACUAAUCCCACUGGAUCCAUUGCUGGGGUGAGCUACAAUGGUAUUGAUAAUGUACUAGAGACAGACUUCAAAGAUACAAAUAGAGGAUAUUGGGAUACAGUGUGGGAACGACCUGGAGACAAAGAUCACACUUUUGACAUGCUUUUAGGGACAAAAUUCAGAGUCAUUGCACAAGACAAAAAUAAAGUUGAAGUUUCUUUUACAAAAACAUGGAAUCCUUCAAAUAAUGGUACUACACAUGAUCUUCCUCUAAACAUUGACAAAAGGUUUGUUAUGUUGAGGGGAAGUUCUGGAUUUUAUUCAUAUGGGAUAUUUGAACACUUGAAAGGCUGGCCAAGCUUAAUUCUUGAAGAAGCCAGAAUUGCCAUUAAGCUCAAAAGGACUCUGUUCCAUUAUAUGGCAAUAUCAGAUGAUAUUCAAAGGAUGAUGCCAACAGAUGAAGAUCGAUCUGAUGGGCAAAUUCUUGACUAUAGAGAAGCUGUUAGACUAACAAAUCCAUCAAAUCCUAAACUUAAGGGAGAGGUGGAUGACAAGUACCAAUAUUCAUUUGAGAAUAAGGAUAUAAAAGUACAUGGUUGGGUUUGCAAUACUCCACAUGUAGGAUUUUGGGUUAUAACACCUAGUUAUGAAGAUCGUAAUGGUGGACCCACCAAGCUAGAUCUCACUUCUCAUGCUGGUCCCACCUCUUUAGCGGUAUUUUUCAGUGGACAUUAUGCAGGGCCAGAGUUGGGAGUCAAAAUAAAAGAAGGAGAGCCAUGGAAAAAAGUUUUUGGGCCUGUUUUUUUCUACCUUAACUCUGAUUCUGGUGAUAACCAUCCUACACUUUGGGAAGAUGCUAAAAGACAGAUGGAAGAAGAAACUACAAAAUGGCCAUAUGAUUUCCCAGAAUCUAUUGAUUAUCCUCAUGCUAAUGCACGUGGUACAAUUAGAGGUCAAUUAUUCGUACGAGACAGGUACAUAAACAAAAAUCCUGUCUAUGCAAAAUCUGCAUAUAUUGGAUUAGCACUUCCUGGAGAUGUUGGGUCAUGGCAAUAUGAGACUAAAGAUUAUCAAUUUUGGACUCAAACAAAUGAGACUGGACACUUCAAUAUUAUUGGUGUUAGACCUGGAACUUAUAACUUAUAUUCUUGGGUCCCUGGAAUUAUUGGAGAUUACAAAUACCACUAUGACAUUAUUGUCAAACAAGGAAGUGAUAUAAACUUAGGUAACCUAAUUUAUGAUCCUCCAAGAAACGGUCCAACUUUAUGGGAAAUUGGAAUUCCUGAUAGGAGUGCUGGAGAAUUUUUUGUGCCUGAUCCAUUGCCUGCCCUAACAAAUCAAUUAUUCAACAAUACUACACAAAAAUAUAGGCAAUAUGGUUUGUGGGAUCGAUACACUGAUUUAUAUCCAAAUAAAGAUUUGGUGUAUAAAGUUGGUGUUAGUGAUUAUAGAAAAGAUUGGUUCUUUGCUCAUGUAACCAGGAGAACUAGAAGCAAGAAUUAUAUACCAACAACAUGGCAAAUUUCAUUUAAACUCCCAAGUGUUGAUCCAAAGGGAACUUAUACACUACGUGUGGCACUGGCUUCUGCAACCUAUUCCCAUUUACAGGGGAGGAUCAACAACCCCUCUAGAACAAUGCCUCACUUUGAAACUCCAUCAAUUGGGAGGAGUAAUGCUAUAGCUAGACAUGGGAUACAUGGAUUAUAUUGGCUUUUCAAUUUUCAAAUUCAAGGAUUACAACUACAACAGGGAGAAAAUACAAUAUAUUUGAUGCAAAUUAAAGGUGGUAAUCCUUUCUAUGGCCAUCAAUACGACUACAUUCGUUUGGAAGGCCCUCCACAACAAAAUUAAUCAAUUAAGUGAAUAUUAUACAUAUAUAAUUAGGAGGAUUUUCCACUUUAAGUACAUCAAUAUGUUAAUAGUAUUUUCUUUUUUCUUACAUGAUAUUAAGUGGGGGGUUAAUUUCUUUAUUGAUAAUCAUAAUUCUUUGUAAUUGAUUACCUUGGACAAUUAUGUAAGCAUAUAUCUUAAUUCUU